AUGCCCACCACCCCUCCCUCACGAGAGCCCCUCGUGCCGACGAUCAACUUCUCUAUGGUGUGCCCCGGCGUAUACCGGAGCGGCUACCCAACCAAGAAGAACUUUUCCUUCCUCAGCGCGCUACGGCUGCGAAGCAUCCUGUACCUCUGCCCAGAGGACUACGCUGAGAGCAAUCUCAAGUUCUGUGAGGAGAACGGCGUGCAUGUCCUGCGCUUCCCUACAGAGGGGAACAAAGAGCCCUUCUGCGACAUCUCCGAGCCGCUAAUGCACCGCAUCCUCAGCGCCAUAUGCGAUACCCGCAAUCUCCCCCUGCUCAUCCACUGCAAUAAGGGCAAGCACCGCACUGGCACUGUGGUGGCGUGCCUGCGCCACCUGCAAGGCUGGUCGUUGGUGUCCAUCUUCGAAGAGUACAAGCGCUUUGCCAGCGACAAGGCUCGAGUGGGAGAUCAGCAAUACGUCGAGCUCUACCACCCCAUUGUGCGGCUGACCCCGCCCUUCGUGGCCUCGUGGGUGAUUGUGACGCCGCGCGCAACGCUCGUGACGUCUGAUCGCGAGCUCAUGGAGGCAGAGGCACUACAGCUCGGGUACAGCCCCCUUGCCCCGGACAAGUAUCUCAAAAAGAAUGGCAGCGGUGCGGCCAAACCGACGACGAACCCUGUGGCUGCUGCAACCGCAGAGAGCGGCCUGACAACCACAACACCCACAUCCAGCCCUUUAGCUCCGGGACCCAAGCAGCAGCCCUCACAGCCCGCCGCGUCCGCGGUGCCGAUGAGCGCCGGCAACGGCGGCCACUCCUUCGUGCCCUCUAUUGCGGUUACCGCAGCAGCAGCGGCGGCGGCGACUGGCUUUGGAGACGCCACUUAA